AUGCCCGACAACCCAUCACGCUCUCCAUCCCCCACCCGCACGGAGUCAAGCGCACACGAGACGGACUCGUACAAGCCCUCGCGCAACCCAUCCCCUGCUCGGGACCCCGAGGUCGGCCAAGGUGACAACCCAAGCGCUCUGCCACCCGCCGGCAAGCCCAAGAAGGGUCGCAAGAACAACAAGAAAGCCAAGGCCCCGACGACUCAAGACACCAUCGAAUCGUCCGACGAUGACGAACCAAAGCCUAAGAAAGCGAAGAAGCGCAGGGGCAAGGGGCGUGCAGGCCCUAUCCCCAUGCUGGUCGAGCCGACGGCGGAGGAGAAGAACCACGGAGAUCGUAUGGACUGGGAUGGUCAUUACGCCACUCACCGCCAUUACUACGCCACCCGGUACGAAGACUGGAGGAAACAAUCUCGCAAGGAGAAGAGCAAGUUCAUCAUCGACCGCGCAAACGAGGCCAUGCAGCAGUGGGGUCUAGAACCGGACUCGAAGGCAACAUCAAACUGGUUUAUUGAGAAAUCCCACCACUGGUUCAACAACGUCCAGAAGCACAGAGACUGGCAAGACUGGAUCCAGAAGAUCAUCGGCAACGAGCACCGUCCGCAGAUUCGCAGUGUCGCCGCUCGACCACACGAACCGACGCCUCUAGUCAAGCGGAUGGUUCAACGAGCAUCCGCUGCCUUCGUUCUGUGGGCCCGAGACCCGAAGAACAAGACGAGGGUCCCCGAGUACGACGGCCCUAACCCCGGGAAGCGUGCGUCACUCAGGUCGCAGGCGUUCGAGAAGGAACCCACCGAGGUGCAGGACUACUACAAAAAGCUCGCUCAUGAGGAGUCUCAUCGCGCGGAUCCGAAGGUAGUCUUCGAGAACCAAGAGACCACGGGCUCCCUGCUCGAACAGAGCUUUGAUCAGCUUGCUGGGUUCCAUAUUGCAGGCACCGGGCAAUCGUCCUUCUCCACGAUCUGGAUCACACGCAAGUCUAACAAUGAGUUGCAUUUCGAGUACCUGUCUGGCGGCGUCAAGACGGAAGAAGACUUUUGGGCGUUCGAGGGAGGGCCGACCGCUGCAGAGAGAGACCGCAUUCACAGGUUUGCGGAAUCCCAUAUUCCGCCGAACCCCGACUUUCCCGCUGACGAUGAAAAGAACGAGUUGCCUGCAUGGGACCCGAGAACGACUACCCAAAUGCUGGCUCUCAAGAACGUCCACGACUACUUGCAGGCCGCGUAUCGUAUGGCACAUCCUCAAGACCCCGCGGUCGCGCUGAGCGUUGCCGAUAUUGGUCAGAAGCACACCAUCGCGGAUGCCUGGCAGGACGCCGGCAUUGAGGGCCUUGAGACGAUGCCCUUGCCCGAGUUCAUCGCUCUAUACCAGCGGCUCUACGACGCCCAAGGCACCUCCGACGCCUUCCGUUUCCUCCCAAGCGACCUUGCUCCACCCCAGCCUCCCCCCGCCGGUGUCUACGAUACGCAAACGAUCUACCGAUCGCCGGCAAAGCGCACCGAAAAACACGCCCGCGUGUGGGAUCUAGGCUCUCCCCCCUUACCGCCACUCGACCUAACUCCUGACCUCCACGCUCCCGCUUCUAGCGUUGCUACACCACCAGCCCGUGAGAACACAUUCACAGAGCUCGAGUCGCUCGAACAUGAAGUCGACCAGCGCGAUCGGGCGGACGAACAACACGCCGAGGACGAGCGCGCUCAGCGCGAGACCGAACAACGCGAACGCGUCGAGCGCACCCGUCUCCAAGCCGAAGAGCACAUCCGCAUCGAGCGCGAGGCUGAAGUGCGCGCCCGCGUCGAGGCUGAAGAGCACGCCCGCAUCGAGGCCGAAGAGCGCGCCCGCGUCGAGCGCGAGCAAGAUAUCCAGAGGCAAGAGCGCGAAGUACAAGAACAAAUCACUCGAGAGUCUCGAGCUCGCAUCCAGCACCUGGUCCAAGAACGCACCGCCAAAAACUCUUCACUCCUCACUCAGGAGCAGGCAGAGCAGCAAGAAGGCUCGCGUGGCCACGAGAACGCCCGCGAACACGAGACGGGGCAUCCUGAGCAGCUCGAGAGGCGAACAACGAGGGCCCAGGCAGCUGCUAAGACUGCUACGGCCGAGCCGAGGCGCAGCACUCGUGGUGCCCAGCCCCCAUGUUCCUCUCCUACAAGCGUCAGCAACACCUACUCGCUCAGGCGCAAAGCCGACGCGGUUGAGGGCAACGAUAGCGCGUCGGUGAAUGGAGGGGCGAAGCGACAGAAGACAGCACAAUCGAGCAAACCCGCCCCUAGGCCGAGGGCGAAGGCGGCGACGUCCGGCUCCCGACCGGCGACGAGGAGCAGCGCUCGCUAG